AUGUCUUUCAAUGCAGAGGCGCAAGCCACCAUCAAGUCGACCCUCGACGCCGUAACGUCCACGGGCUCAAUUCCGGGAAUUGUUUUUGUUGCUGUCGACAAAAAUGGAGAUGUGAUCACUUCGCAUUGCUCCGGCACGACAGGUGCAACCACGUCGACGCCCAUGUCGCUUGACUCAGUCUUCUGGAUUGCCAGCUGUACCAAGAUCAUUACGGGCAUUGCAUGCAUGCAAUUGGUAGAGCAGGGAAAGCUCAGCCUUGAAGAUUCGGAAGCUUUGUACAAGAUUAUUCCGGAGCUGAAAGACAAGAAAGUACUCCAAGCCGACGGCACUCUCGUACCCAAGAAGAAGGAGAUCACUCUGCGCAUGCUGCUCGACCACACGGCUGGGUUCGGGUACACAUUCUUCAACCCAAAACUCAGAGACUGGGGCAGGCCUCUGGGCUUCGAUGAGUUUUCUGGCGACGCAAGAGAUAUCCUGGACGCCCCAUUGGUCAACCAGCCCGGCGAAACCUGGGAAUACGGGACGAACAUCGACUGGGCCGGCCUUGCGGUCGAGCGCGUCUCGGGCCUGACGCUGAACGACUACUUCCACAAGAACAUCUUCGAGCCGCUCGGCCUCAAGAACAUCAGCAUGUUCCCGACCGAAGAGAUGAUCAAGAACCUCGUCUACCUCCACGCCAAGACGCCGGACGGCGCGGUCACGGAGCAGGACCACGCGCUGCGCAGGAGCCUGAUGGCCAAGACGCCCGAGGAGCGCGCCCGCAUCAUCAACUCGGGCGGCGCGGGAUGCUUCGCCAAGCCCGCGGAGUACUGCCAGAUCCUCGCCACCCUCCUCAACAACGGCACCUCCCCCCGCACCGGCGCCACCCUCCUCUCCCCCCACGCCGUCGACACCAUCUUCACCAACUCCCUCCCCCCCACCUGGCCCGACUUCGCCCGCACCGGCUUCCCCGCCGCAAAGCCCCACCAGACCAACCCCAUCCCCGAGCUGUACGCCCAGCCGGGAAACCCGCCCCAGGGUUGGGGCCUGACCUUCUUGCUGACCAACUUGGACGGUGCGCAGAAUGGCAGCGAGGGGACGUGGCGCGGCAAGAACACGGGGCAUUGGGCGGGCAUCGCGAAUCUGUAUUACUGGGUCGAUAGGGAGAAGGGGGUGGCGGGCAUGAUCGCGGCGCAGGUGCUGCCGUUUGCGGAUGUGGAUGUGGUGAUGCCGUGGGUGGUGUGCGAGAAGGCGGUUUAUGAGGGGUUGGGGAGGUUGAAGUGA